UUGCCAGUUUUCAAACAAAAGGAGUCAAGUGUGCGACGUCGAUACAGUGAUUUUGACUGGCUUCGUGGUGAGCUAGAGAGAGACAGCAAGAUCGUUGUUCCGCCAUUGCCUUCGAAGUCUUUGAAAAGGCAACUUCCAUUCCGCUCCGAUGAUGGCAUUUUCGAAGAAGAUUUCAUUGAAAAUCGCAGGAAAGGACUCGAAGUCUUCAUCAACAAGUAAGA